GAGCAACCGUCGCCCGCUGCGGAGUGUAUGCGGUCUUCACUUUGCGAGGUCGAAUUUCAGAUUUUCCAUGAAGACUGUGGCCAGGAUGGCAAGGCAGUGAUCAUGACCAAAUGGCUAGACCUUGGGGCCGGGAUGAAUCUCGAAGAUCCAAAAUGGAAGAAG